UAAAAUUAGACAGUCAAAGUCAAAAUAACCACCUAGUUUCCGUUUUAUUUUGUCAGUUAUCUAAUAAAUAAAAUAAAAAAUCCAAAAUUGCGAAUGUUAAAAAAUACAUUUUUCUAAAUGGAUUCGUGUGAACAGGAACAAAAUGAAUGCAUCAGGAAAAUUGAAGACAUAAUAGACUUGGAGAAAGCCAAGGGCAGCUUCAGCAAUCGACAAGUGGCAUUUAAUUUGCCAUCUGAAUCUGGCAGUACAGUGUCCACAAACCUCGCCAAGAGUCUUGAAUCUGGACUGUCCGAUAACAAACCCACCCUAACCAAAAGGUCUUUCAAGAAAUUGAGAUCUAAGAAACGACGCAAAAGUCCUCUUCCAGACGUCAUAUCCUGGCCGAGUGAUUCGGAUAUUACUGUGCUGCGCAUGAAACUGUGUCUCACUAGUGAUUUGAAGGAAAACGUUAUUAACACGAUUCCAGGCGACGGCAUUCACCAACCGGACAGUUCUUCAAUGGUCAAUCUAGCGACGCUGAUCCUCCAAUCGCGACACCCUUCGAAACACAGCGUGGACAUUGAGGAGUACCUUCUGCCUUUGACGUCUUGGGAGCGCGAGCAGAACAGGGACGUCACAACCAAGGAAGCUCUGGUUGAGAUCCUGCCGAGUGCUAAUGAAAUUCCUAAAAUACAAAAAAAGGAGAUUUUUGAGGCGAACUAUAGUAAGGAAGAUGAUUAUGACAACUCGAGCACCACCGAGUAUUCCAGAAAGUCGAAAGUGGCAAGAUUUUUGCGCUUGUACUUCUGUCCUUGUUGCACCUGCCUUUACGAGCUGGAGACCAUAAGGGACCGGUCAUCGGUGUGCUUCACAAAACGUAAGGAAGAAUUUAAUACAAAAUAAUGCUAAAUUUUGUUUUCAAGUUUUAAGUUGAUGGUUUAUUGGGUAUUCGCAAAAAAAUUGUUGUUACUGUUUUUUCCUGCAUUAAACUUUUGCUUUCGA